AUGGAUGGUAUGAUUGAUAUGUUUCUCGCUGUGACCGACACAAGCGAUCGAAGGGUGGCGGAACAGUUUUUGGAAAUGGCAGGUAAUGAUGUUGAUACUGCUAUUUCGUUAUUUCUGGAACACGGUGGUGGUGCCAGCUCUGGUACGGCCAAUGCGACUGAUAGCAUCCCUGAUGACGACGAAGCGUUUGCCGCCAGACUUCAAAACGAGGCAUAUCAGGAGGUGAGAGCACCUCAGGAGGCAGUCCAUGAGCAGCUGAUUGACUCUUACCAUCCGGUUUUGAACCAUGUUUAUCAGGACCCUUCUAGAGCCAUGUUUGGUGAUAACCCAGCAGGUAUCUUCAACCAGAGGCUCGACACAGACUUCUCAGAUGACGAUGCUGAUUUUGUUGGGGCCAUCAGCGACGAAGAGGACGAGAACAUUGAUUAUGAUGACGAUGAUAAUGACGAUGAUUUGAUGGUUCUGGAUGACGACCUGAAUGCCACCAGGCCUCGCAGAACCACGGCUGCCCGGAGGAGACAGCCCGCCAGUGCGUACAUGACUAGCAGUCAAAGGCGUCUUGCUAACAUUUUCAGACCUCCCUGGGACAUAAUAGAGAAGCUGAGUCUUGAUGCUGCAAAAAUAAAGGCCCGUCAGGAGAAAAAAUGGAUUCUGAUCAAUAUCCAGGAUGUGGGUGAUUUCCAAUGUCAAGUGCUGAACCGUGAUUUCUGGUCGAAUGCCGACGUCAAAGACGUCGUUCGUGAAAAUUUCAUAUUCCUGCAGUACCAAAAUAGCUCGCCUAGUGGAUCUCAGUAUGCUCAGUUUUACCCUAUUGGUGAGUUCCCUCAUAUCGCAAUACUGGAUCCCAUGACAGGCGAACGACUCAAAAUCUGGGAUCGUGUGCCAAAGGUGAGCGACUGGAUAAGCGAUGUUGUUGACUUUUUGGUUAGGUUUUCUCUUGACCCAAGCCAUAAGAAUCCCACAGUUACUCACGAGCAUCCUUUGGAUGUCGAUGCUCUGUCGGAAGAACAGCAGAUCAAUCUGGCGAUGCAAAAGUCUAUGAACAAUAGCGACACUGACAUGAAGGGAGGCGAUGAGGCGAACCCAAUAUCGCUUGAUUCUGAUAAUGAAGUUCUGGAUAAGGAGGAUGGUGAACAGGAGGAACCCACAGAAGCAGAUAUCAUUGCGGCAAUAAAACCAAUUGAGCAUGAGGAGCCUGCUCCUGAUCCCCAGACCACCACCAGAGUCCAAAUACGUUCUGGAGAUGGUAAGAGGGUGGUUAGAAGAUUCAGAUUGGAGGAUUCUGUACGGAAUAUCUACGAGUAUGUGAAAGCCACAUUCGACCAGCUAGGCGACGCGACCGAGUUUGUUCUCACCAGCCAACGUCUCAAUCUCAUCACUGAACUUGACAAGACCAUUCUGGAAGCCGGGUUGAAAAAUGCCACCAUUUUAUUAGAGAUUGUGGGUUAA